AUGAACAUCGAGCUGAACGUAGACCGGCUCUUCGAAGAGCUGGACUACUCCAACAACGCCUUCAACGUCACCUUCUCUGUCGAGCAGCCAUGCUUGCCCAAGCCCCGCUACGCUACGGACACCACGGCCGCUAACUACGCCUACGAGAACCCGACAACCAACGGUCACACCGCGGCCACCCGCACCGACGACGGCUCCUUUGCAAUCAACCUGCCCUGGAGCUUCCAGUACUUCUGCAAGUCCUACUCUCAAGUGUGGGUCAACUCCAACGGUUUCCUGUCGUGGCAAGAGGCCUCGGGCGGCCCCACCGCGCACGAAGAAAACACGCCCAACCUUCCAUUCCCCAACGCGAUUAGCGUGCUGUGGGACGACCACGACCCGACCCGAUGCGGGCGCGUCUACUACACGAUCAAGGGCACCGCGGGCUCGCGCAGGCUGAUCGUGACGUGGUACCAGGUGUGCCACUACGGUGGUGCCACCAACGACGUGGUCACCUUCCAAGUGCAGCUGCAAGAAGGCAGCGGCAAGAUCUCCAUGUUCUACCCGGAUACGGCCACCACGACAUCGGCCUACACCAACGGCGCCAGCGCCACGGUGGGUCUGGGUGCCAUCCUUCCGUCGGACAGCAUUCUCUACUCCUACCACGCCAGUCCGCCCGUCAGGAAUGGUGCCAGCGUCGUGUUCACCGUGCAGACCGAGCAGAUCAACGCAGCCCCGCUGGCCUCCAUCAACGGACCCUAUCAGGGCACCGUGAACGAGCCGAUCAAGUUCGACAGCAGGGGCUCGAAGGACCCGGACAGCCGGAUGUUGGAGUAUCUUUGGAUCUUUGGCGACAACACUGUGGGCCAAACGACGGCUUUCCCGGAGCACACGUUCGCGCAGGCGGGCGAGUACGACGUCAGCCUCGUCGUCUACGACAACUUCCAGGGGUCGAAAAUGGUCUUGACCAAGGCGGUGAUCGAGGACGAAUGA